GACACAAUGAGUAAAGGGGACUGAACUCACUGAGCGACUGAAUUUGAAGGAGACGGAUUAGGGUUUCAGCUUACAGAAAUUUCGAUUCUGGAAGAACAAUGGGCAGCGAAGACGAGUCGAUUGAGCAAGCCGUUGCUUCCCGUCGCGAAAGAUUACUGGCUCUCAGAGCUGCUCAGGAAUUGUCCAAUGCUCCCGAACCUGAACCCGAACCUAAGGAUAAUAACGACGAUGAAGAUGAAGAUGAAGAACAAGAAGGGAAGGGAAGUUCCUCAAACGGGAGCAUGAAGUUCCGUAACUAUGUUCCUCAUGAUAAGCACCUUCAGGAAGGGAAGCUUGCCCCUGCAGUGCUCCCAAAGUUCGAAGACCCUGUGGCUGCUGCGCCUCCCCCACCCGAGCCUGAGGCCAACGACGAUCCCUUUCUCAAUAUUGCUCCCAAGAAACCAAAUUGGGACCUGCGUAGAGAUGUGCAGAAGAAGCUUGAUAAGCUCGAAAAGCGAACUCAGAAGGCUCUCUAUCAACUUAUGGUGGAACAAGAGAAGCAAAACCAAUUGGCUGAAGGAGAUGAUACAAAUGGCACAGCUGACUAGAUUGCAAUUUGUGGCAGCAGCUGAAAGAUAUUGAAGCAAUAUGCUGAAAACCUCUAUUCCCAUUUAAGCUGCUUAACGCUUACAAUAUUGGCUUCUAAACACAAGUCAUUGCGAUUUUGCAGUGUGUCGUGAAUGUUGUAUCAUUCACUUCUCUUUCAAUGACUGUGUGUGUGUGUAUUAGAUCUGUUUUUAGAGGUGAAAUUUCCCUGGAUUCUGAUAGGUGUAUUAUUUUAUAAAUAUACGCAACAUUGCUCAAGUAUCUGAUAUGUAAUUUCUAUUUCUUUUUUUCUCAAUUUUAGUUUCCUAUGUUGAGACUAAAAGGAAUGCUUAAGCGGGUGAUUAAUGAUCUUCAGGGCAACUGUUGCGACAAUAAUUAAUUUUCUUAUUUGAUAGGAUAAUAUUUUUGUUAUUAUUUUUCUAUUUGAUAGAAUUUUAUUCUAUUUCUCUUUUAGGAUCGUUGUUCUUCUUUUAUAGGAUUUGAUUGUUGUUUCUUUUUUCUAUAAUUACCUUAGUGAUUGUAUUAAGAAUUAUUGAAAAAUUCUUAUAAGUAAAAUUACAAGCAAAAGGGGAUUCCUUUUGU